CGUCCCUUCCUGUUUUACUACACUGUGCUACCGUACUGAGACACAUUGGAGCCGCAUAAGACACCCAGGUCUCGAUUAUGUCUGCUUUUCUGCCUAUGCCGUCAAAGACAAGGACAUUUUUGGCGUGAAAUACAUCGUAAUGUUUAUUUAUUAACGCUAUAUAUCGCUGCCGUUGUAAUUUAUAUUGGACUAGUUGGUAAACUAGCUAAAAUUUGUAUUGAAUCGCCACAGCCCUUUUUCCUUUUCCUAUUUCAAUGAUUGUCCUAGCCACAAUCUCAUGGCGGAGACUAAAAUAAUUUAUCAUAUCGACGAGGAGGAGACUCCUUAUUUAGUGAAACUGACAGUUCCUCCGGAGAAAGUGACUUUAGCGGAUUUCAAAAAUGUCCUCAACAAUCGCCCGGUCAACAGCUAUAAAUUUUUCUUUAAAUCUAUGGAUCAGGAUUUCGGGGUUGUCAAGGAGGAGAUUUCUGACGACAAUGCCAAGCUGCCCUGUUUCAACGGGAGGGUGGUGUCCUGGCUGGUGCUGGCCGAGAGUGCCCACUCCGACGGGGGAUCCCAGUGUACCGAAACCCAUCCUGAGCUCCCGCCUCCCCUAGAGAGGACUGGGGGCAUCGGGGACUCCAGACCACCUUCCUUCCACGCUAAUGCCGUGAGCAGCCGUGACGGCCUGGACACGGAGACGGGCAGCGAGUCCCUCCUCAGCCACCGUAGGGAGAGGGAGCGGGAACGCGCCCGCCGGAAGGCCAGAGAAGGCGAGUUCUCCCGUGUGAACGGCCACUCCAAAGUCGAGCGAGCGGCACGCGACUCGGCCAUGGGCUACGACAGCACAUCCAUGAUGAGCAGCGAGCUGGAAUCCAGCUCCUUCAUCGACAGCGAGGAGGAUGAGGAUGCCAGCAGACUUAGCAGCUCUACAGAGCAAAGCUCCUCCUCGCGUCUGAUGCGGAGGCACAAGCGCCGGCGAAGGAGACACAAAGUAGCCAAGAUGGAUCGGUCAUCCUCGUUCAGCAGUAUCACCGACUCUACAAUGAGCCUUAAUAUCAUCACUGUGACCCUAAACAUGGAAAAGUACAACUUUCUGGGUAUCAGUAUUGUCGGACAGAGCAACGACCGCGGGGAUGGGGGAAUCUACAUCGGCUCCAUCAUGAAGGGAGGUGCCGUGGCAGCAGAUGGCAGGAUCGAGCCAGGAGACAUGCUGCUACAGGUGAACGACGUGAACUUCGAGAACAUGAGUAAUGAUGACGCGGUGAGGAUCCUACGAGAGAUCGUCUCCAAGACCGGGCCCAUCAGCCUGACAGUGGCCAAGUGCUGGGAUCCGUCACCCCGCAGCUACUUUACCAUCCCCAGGGGUGAGGAGUUCGGCCACUGGUCCCGUCACCAGUGCCGCAUGCGUUCUGAGUGGCCCCCAGUCGCGGUUCUCAUGGGCUCCCCUUCUUCCUUGUAUCUGUUUGCCCCUGCAGCCGAGCCGGUGAGGCCUAUAGACCCAGCGGCCUGGAUCUCCCACACCACCGCCUUGACGGGGCCGUACCCACACUACGAGUGCGAUGACCUACCACUGUCAGUGAGCAAAACCGACAUGGCCACGAUUGUGAAGGUGAUGCGGCUUCCCGACUCGGGCCUGGAGAUCCGAGACAGAAUGUGGCUGAAAAUCACCAUAGCCAAUGCUGUCAUCGGUGCUGAUGUGGUGGACUGGCUAUACUCCAGAGUGGAGGGCUUUAAAGACCGCAGAGACGCCAGGAAGUACGCUAGCAGCCUGCUGAAACAUGGCUACCUGAGGCACACCGUCAACAAGAUCACCUUCUCCGAGCAGUGCUACUAUACCUUCGGGGACCUUUGCCAAAACAUGGCGACCCUCAAUCUGAACGAGAGCUCCAGUGGGGGGGCCUCUGAACAGGACACCCUAGCACCGCUUCCCCCGCCAGCCGCCAAUCCGUGGCCAAUGGGAGGGCAGCCGUUCCCAUACCCGCCGUUCCCCACAGCGCCCCCUACCUUUCCCCCGGGGUACUCUGACCCCUGCCACAGUUUCCACAGUGGCAGCGCCGGAAGUCAACACAGUGAGGGCAGUAGAAGCAGCGGCUCCAACCCCGCCACGGGUAAAGGCCGGCGUGCCUCACCCCGGGAGAAGGACCGCAAGUCGACAGGCAGCGGGGGCAGCGAGUCGGAGCGCGGCACCCGGGGGGGCUGGCAGGGUGAACGCUCAGCCAGCCAGCUUAGCCACGCCCACUCUGGGUACAGCCACGCCCUCUCACACCGGAGCCACGCCCACCCAUCAAACAGCCACACCCCGUUCUCAUAUACCCACGCUCCAUUUGUCCAAUAUAGCCAGCUCUCCUGCACCCAUAGCGAGCGGAGCCACGCGUCCUCCUAUGGCCCUCCUGGGCUGCCACCCCCUUACAGCUUGGCCCGGCUGGCCCCUGGCUCCUCAGCGGGCAGUAGUCCCCCAGGGGCCCCACCCGUGCGCGAGCUUGGGGCUGUUCCUCCUGAACUCACCGCCAGUCGCCAGUCCUUCCAGCAUGCCAUGGGCAACCCUUGCGAGUUCUUUGUUGACAUCAUGUGACAGGACAGUGCCUUUUCAAACCCUCCGCUCCACUACAGCACAAGUAGGUAGGGCUGCCAUCCCUUUGGUCGCUAAGGCCCGACUGAUAUGAAAAUACUGAUGCAAAUUAAUUGGCCGUAUAAUUUUGUAAUUAAAAAAGUUAGACACCAAUAAUCCUGAACGUUUUUUUUUCUCACUGAUAUGGAUAUCAAAUUCCCAAAUUCAAAUAAACAGCAUAAAGUCACAGUCUUAAUAUAAAUAUAAAAUAAGUCAUUUAUACGAAACAUACUAGCACCUAACAAGACAUAUAUGUUCACACACAAAAAUCACUUCCUGCCCUAGAGUCUUCAUGUGGUAUGUCACAGCGUUACAGCAAUUUUUCCCUUGUCAUUUGAUCGCCAACAACACUUUGGCCAGACUAACUAAUAAUACAGGCUAAGAGUGCUCAGUUAAAAUGCAGAAAGUACAGAGUGACAACCCAUUUUCUCAUAGCAAAUAUUUAAAGAGACAUUAGCAAUCCUGAUGCAUUUGCAGGAUAUUAAAUACCGGCUGAUUUUAUCGGCCACCUGAUAUAUCGGUCGAGCCCUAGUGGCAGCACCCCACUACGUAUAUGAGAGAUGAGACAUUAGACAGACACUGCUACCCCUCAGUCAUCCUUUACUUUAGCUCUAGGCUUAACGAAGGACAACUAUUGCAUGAUAGCGCAAGAAUGAAGGUGUUUCUAUAUGAAAAGUUCACAGUGGCCAUCCACCUACUUAACUGAUGUGGCUAAUUCACAUUAAAUGUAAACACUUGUCCCAGUGACCCCUGCAUUCUCUCGGUCUGGAGCUCAUUGCCCCGAGCCAGAGGGCUGGAACGCGGACCCCCCGCUCUCUUUGGAGCGUGAUGGUGACCUCAAAGUGCUCGGCCUGCAGAAUGAGCCGGGGGCCUUGUGAUGAAUGGGCAGUAAGUCUAAACCUUCUACUCUGCAUUCAUAGAGGACUAACCGUGCGCCUGCCGAUCUAUAGACAGCAGCCAGGCUUCCCCCUAACAACACUAACUGAACUUCACACUUUCUGUUCUUGUCCUGUUGCGUUUGUGAGUUAUAAUUUACAUGUCCAGCAUUAUAACUCAGACAGACAAUCAAUUUCCGGGGGGAGGGGGGGGUCAGCAGUGAUCGGAGCACAGCCGCACCCAUCGAAGGCGCACACUGAUCUCAGGCUACCACCCCCCUCAACCCCCGCCUCCCUUAAUAGAAUGUAUCGAAGAAAUUCAAAAUAAUCCUGAAUGAAACACGCCAUUUUGGAUCCCUCUGUAGCACAAAAAGCGCUGCCCCAAAUUUGUCCGUUCCUCCGAUGCAUCCUUGCCGACCUUAAUUUUGUUCUCGGCCAGGAGGUCAGACGAGUCAGACAGGUCGCAAUCUUGCAAGCGGAGCUGAUGAGAUGCACGUGUGCUGCAUGUCAGCAGCUGUAGGAUGUAGCAGGCGAGGUUGGAUGCCUCUGCUGACGGACAACCUUCCAAAACCCCUGAGUGACACGUCUGAAAACUGUGUGAAUCUAAAAUGUGGCCGUUGGAGCCAUCAGCCACGAGAGCCACAUUCACCUGAAACGGUGAUAUUAAGCAACACUGCAUGCAGCACAAACUUAAAAAUCCUUAAAGUAAAUUGAUCACUUCUCCUUCCCGGACCCUAUGGAAAAGCAACGUGGCACUAAAUUAUAUAUAAAUGAUAUGAGCACUUUUUAAAUGUGAUUUUCUGGCCCUUUAGUAUGAAACACUGUUUGCAGUCUGAAAUUUCACUUGCUUUUGUUUCUUAAACUGAAAAUAACAAAAUGUAUAUAUGAAUAUAUAUUAUAUAUAUAUGACAAAUUGAUAUAUAUAUAUAUGUUUAAAGAUAUGGUCUUGCAGUUUUUUAAACUGAUGCAUUGUAAAUUGAUGCAAUGGAAAUGGUGUUUGAAUAUAGGUGAAUUAUGAUUGUGGUUUUGAAAUAAUUUUGUCACUUAAAAUUUUGUUUAAAAAAACUAAUUUGUUCUGCAUUCUCUCAUUUCUAAUUAUUCUUUAUUCAAAGAAUAAAGGACAACAUGAAGUAUA